GCUUAAUCAUAAAUAAAAAACCCAAAAGAGUGGGAUUCCAUGUCACCCAUCUUCUCAUCUGAAUCUGCAGUCAAUUGACUCAAUUCCUCCCUGUUUUGUUUUUUUUUAAUCUCAUAUUAAAAAGCAAAAAAAAGAAAAAUUCAAAGUAGAGAGGGGGUACUUUAUUUGAUAAUAUUGGAAGCAGGGGAGGAAGAAAUGGGUGCUUGCUAUUCAUCCAUCGGGAAGAGGUAUAAAGGAGGAGGUGGUGGUGGUGGUUGUGGUGGUGGUGGGGGUGGUGGUGGCGCUACUACCAGUAUCAUUUCCUAUUCAUCAAGGAAUUUGUUUGGAGGGGGAGAAAAUGAGCUCCAUCGGAUUCCCCAGAGAAUGUUCGUCAACGGUGCCAGCACCGUCGCCUCUUUAUUCACACAGCAGGGCAAGAAGGGUACCAAUCAGGACGCCAUGCUUGUUUGGGAGAAUUUCAGUUCAAGAAGUGAUACAAUCUUCUGUGGAGUAUUUGAUGGUCAUGGUCCUUAUGGUCAUAUGGUUGCAAAGAAAGUGCGGGACUGUCUUCCUUUGAUUCUACACACUCAGUGGCAAGCUAACUCAAAUAGUGAUAAAAAAAGUGAUGGUAAAAAUGGAAAUGCUCCUGAGAAGACAAAUUUGGAAGAAACUGCAUCUUUGAACAUGGAUGAUGAAUUUUAUGAGUCAUUGGAGGUUGAUGACAAUGAAAAAGUCCCUGAGAUGUAUCUUCCACUCAAAGAGUCCUUUUUAAAGACUUUCAAGCUAAUGGACAAGGAAUUGAAGUUGCAUCCAACAAUCGAUUGUUUCUGCAGUGGAACUACUGCUGUAACUUUGGUAAAGCAGGGACCAAAUCUUGUAAUUGGAAAUAUUGGUGAUUCAAGAGCAGUACUGGCAACAAGAGAUGUAGAGAACUCCUUGACAGCGGUACAACUAACCAUAGACUUGAAACCCAAUCUGCCAAGGGAAGCAGCUAGGAUCCAUCAAUGCAAGGGAAGGGUUUUUGCAUUGCAGGAUGAGCCAGAGGUUGCACGAGUAUGGUUGCCUAAUAGUGACUCACCUGGUUUGGCAAUGGCUAGAGCUUUUGGGGACUUCUGUUUGAAGGAUUUUGGUUUAAUUUCUGUGCCAGAUAUUUAUUAUCGCCAUCUCACUGAGAGAGAUGAGUUCAUUAUUCUUGCCACUGAUGGGGUUUGGGAUGUUCUCUCAAAUAAGGAAGCUGUUGAUAUCGUAGCUUCAGCCCCUGGUCGCACAACAGCAGCCAGAGCUCUGGUAGACUGUGCUGUUCGAGCAUGGAGGCUCAAAUACCCUACAUCCAAAAAUGAUGAUUGUGCUGUAGUGUGCCUCUUCCUGGAACAUGCAUCUGCUGUUGAUGAGGCUCCCACAGAGAAUGGUUUGACAAAGACUCCAGAAGCAGUAGCAGAUGGGAUGAUAGUUGUGGAUGGGGAGAAUGGGGGUUUGGAUGUUGAUUCUCGGCCCUCUCAUGCUCAUGUUCUUGAGCAUUCCAGUACUGCAGAAGGCUGUAAUGAGAUCAUGCCUCUUUCUGAGUCAACUGAGGAAAAGUUAUCUGACAAGUGCCGAGGCCAGUCUAAGAGGAGCCUAGCUGAGUGCAUUUCAACUGCAGAGGAUGAGGAGUGGUCAGCAUUAGAGGGUGUUACCAGGGUGAAUAGUCUGCUUAGCCUUCCCAGAUUUUUAUCUAGUGAUAAAAGUGCGGCCAACUGGAGAAAAUGGUUAUGAUCUAUCUGAGGGCUGCCAGCACUUCAUUUUACACACCAAAUAGAACUACAAGAGUUCUACAUCAACCUGUUAUUUCUCAGUGAACUGCAUUAUAUUAUCACUAAGAGAAAUUUUCAGGUAUCAAGUUUCCGGAUGCAGACUGACUGAUGCCACACACAAAUGUUACAAAUGACGCCCUGACCCAAUGUGUUGUCAAGGCUGCAAGAUUUUUGUUGAUAAUACCAUUAGAAGGUGGAUUACAUAUUAUGUUGUUUGUUGUGAAGUGAGAUUGAGCGUACUUUCUCUCUUUUGUGCUUUAUUCUUGCCUGAGGAACAUCCAGCUUUGAGUUCGUAACAAUAGAAUUUAUUGAUUAUUUGGUAAAAGCUAAGUAGUACAUGCUGGUGUGCUUCCUUUCUUGA